AUGCGCUUUCCUGAGAUCGUUGCUCUCACGUCCGCGUUGGCCCUGGUCGCGGCCGCUCCGGCCGACCUCUCGCCACAGACCGCUGGAACCAUCGAACCCCGAGUUGAUGCGAGCUCUGGCUUGACCAACAGCGACAAAUCCAGCGGCAAAGACCUCUUUGCUCGCGAGAACAUGCUCGGCAUGUCUGAUGAGGCUGCAAUCGCUGCGGACGAGGCGGCCGCAGAUGCCGAAGCGGCAAGCGCCGAGGACGCAGACGAUGAUUGGGAUGGCGACAGCCCUCAUUGGGACGAUCCAGGCAAGGACAAUAUUGAUCCCUUCGACCAUUGCGUCAAAGGUGAAGUUGGUUGCCACCAAAAAGAUGCGUGGGUUGGGUACGUUUUCGGCAUACUGCCGAUCAUGCGUGCUCUGAUCAAACACAAGAAGGAUAGGCUCAAUCUACGCCGCUACGAUAUGUCGUGUUUCAGUGGGCAGAAGGGCGACCAGAUCAGCAAAACCGACUACCUCGAAAAGCACAAGUUCAUCUAUGGCAUGGACGAUGGCCACGGCAAUGUCUCGACUCAGACAUACAACGCUCAGAGCCAUUGCAUCGAGGCCACCGGCAUGAAGUCCUUCUAUAUCGGGGAUUGCUCGUCUUGA